AUGGCCCCAACAUACACGCCUACCGAUGCUUAUCCUACGUCCACUUCCCAUAUCCAGCGGGAAACUGAGGAGCUCUUGCUGAAGCAUCUGCCUUUACCAAGGAAUGAUGACACAAAGGCCCUUUACUUAGAGCUGCACAAGACAAAGCACAUGCAGUGGCUUGUGCGAAACCUGGCACAGGGAUUCCCUGCGAGAUACGUAUCGCAGGAUGCGAGCCAGCCAUGGUUAAUGUUCUGGACUUUACAAGCGUUUAGUAUUCUUGGAGUCGCGCUAGAUCCCGGGAAUAAGCAGAGAGCUAUUGAUACGAUCCUGACUUGGCAACACCCUGAUGGUGGAUUCGGAGGUGGGCCGGGACAGGCGGCGCAUCUCCUACCAACAUAUGCGGCUGUGUGUGCGCUCGCUAUCGCUGGACGACCGGGUGAAAGAGGCGGAUGGGAUCAGAUUGACCGGGCGAAGAUGUCACAGUUCUUCAUCUCUUUGAAACAACCCGACGGAUCUUUCCUUGUUGCCCGCCAUGCUGAAGUGGACAUGCGAGGCAUCUACUGUCUGUUAGCCGUCGCAACGCUUCUUGAUCUUAUGACACCAGAGUUGGUUGAUGGUACUGCCGAAUUUGUGAGGUCAUGCCAGACAUAUGAAGGAGGGUUUGCGUCUGCGUCCCAGCCUUACUUUGGAGAGGAUGGAGCACUGUUAAAGAGUCCGAAACCCCCGCUGGGCGAGGCGCAUGGCGGGUAUACAUUCUGUGCGUUGGCGUCUUGGGUUCUUCUUCAGCCAAUGUCGGAUAACAAGUUGGAUCAUAUUAACGAGACCAACCUACUGCGAUGGCUAGUCCAGAUGCAAGGAGUAGAGAUCGAGCUUGGAGGAUUUAAAGGUCGGACGAACAAGCUCGUGGAUGGAUGCUAUUCAUGGUGGGUGGGGGGUGCGUUUGCCCUUCUGGAGGCGAUUCAUGGGCAUCACUCUUCUUCUUCUCAUGAUGAGGAGAAACAUGAGGAUGGCGAUGCUGGAUGGGUCGAUGUGGACGAAUCGUUGUUCAACCGGGAGGCGCUCCAAGAGUAUAUUCUUCUUGCCGGGCAACAUCCUGCAGGCGGCCUCCGGGAUAAGCCACCGAAGAGUGCAGAUGCAUACCACACAUUGUAUUGUUUGGCAGGCUUAUCUGCUGCGCAGCAUAGGGUUUUUCCCUCGGAGCACAAGUCGAAAGAACUCAAGUCGGGAUGGAAAGGCUCGGAUAAUUCUACAAGAAAGAAAGUGUUUACCGAGGCACUUUGUUGGCAGGAAGAUGAGGCAGGCCCGGUUUUUGUUGGAGGGAAGGCGAACCGAGUGAACGCAUCUCAUCCUUUGUUUAAUCUGACCGUUACACAUAGUGUUGCGAUUAUGAGGUAUUUUUAUGGGCAGGAAUCAUAG